AUGGCGAACCCGAACAGCAAAACCCCCAAUGCCGACCACCUGGACCCCUCACUCGAGAACCCCGCUGCCGCACCAGCCGGGAACGAUGAGUCUGCUGCCAACACCAUCACUGCGCAGCCUGUCGUACAACCCGAAUAUCCCGAGCCAGCAGAGCCGGACACGCGACCUGCAGUGCUUGUCAUUGGAGGCUUAGGUUUCAUUGGCCGCUUCCUAGCAAGCUACAUUCACAAGAACAAGCUCGCUUCCACUCUCCGGCUCGUCGACAAACAACUGCCCCAGCUUGCAUCGCUGGCGCCGGAACAUCAGGAAGCUUGCUCCACCGACAAUUUUGUACAAGCCGAUGCCUCCCGUGAGCAAUCGCGAAGCCGCGUAUUUGAUCUUCCACCUGGUCCCGGUGGUGCGAAGCGAGAGUUUGACUACGUCUUUAACUGUGGUGGCGAGACGAGAUAUUCGCAAGAAGAUGAAGUUUACAAGGUGCGAAGCUAUGAGCUGAGCUUAACCGUAGGCAAGGAAGCUGCAAGGCGAGGCGUGAAAGCUUUCGUCGAAUGUAGUACGGGAUCUGUAUACAAUCCGAACAAGACACCACAGAAAGAGACAGACAAGACAAGCAAGCCACACACCAAGCAGGCAAAAUGGAAACUCGCCGCAGACGAAGAGCUGUCGAAAAUUGCAGGCUUGAAGUUGGUUAUUUUGAGGUUUCCGAACGUAUACGGGCCAUAUGGUGGAAGGGGAUGGCUCGGCACGCAGCUUGCACUGGCGCGGGUGUACCAAAGCCGGGAGCCGAAAGAUACGAUGAAAUGGCUAUGGUCCGGUGACUUGCGAACCAACACUCUCCACGUGGAAGAUGCAGCACGAGCAUGUUGGGAGGCAGCCGAAUGGCGGUCCAAGAAUGACAGCAUCCCGAACGUUCAAUCGGACGCGAUCGUCUUCAACGUCGUGGACAAGGGCGAGACGAAGCAGCGCACUAUGGCCGACAUUAUCAAAGAGCUUUUCGGCAUCGAGACAGGCUUCCAAAAUGCCUUUGUGAAUACCUUUGCGAGACUCAACCUUGAGCAUGUGGUGGACGAUGUCAAUGAUGAUACACUAGACGACUGGGCGGAUCUACAAGAGGCAGCAAACAUCAUGGAUAAAGGCGGGCCACUGAGUCCGUUUAUGGAGAAAGAGAUCUUGCGGGAUGCGGAUCUCAGUAUAGACGGCAACCGUUUCGAGACAGUUGUCGGGUUCAGACCACAGCAUGAGCGAAUCACCAAGGAUGAAGUUCAAGCCGUGAUCGAGAGCUACAAGAGCAUGGGCUGGUGGCCUUGA